AUGCCAAAACGAUUCCUCAAUGUUGAAUACGACACACUUACUACUGAAAUCGAUGUAACUGACUUUGAAGACCUGAGUGACGUUCAGGAUGUUAUCAAGGCAAAGUAUGGAGAAAUUAUUCCUACUCCAGCUGUUCUUAUUCAGCUCUACGACCAACAGGGCCAGCUUAUCGCAGACUUAGAUGACAUAGCAAUUGAAAAAACUCCACAAUACUACAAGAAACUGGCUAAAGGUGGCUCCUGUGUUGUCAUUGGUGUUUCCCCUCCACCUUCAAGACAACCUACUCAAACUGACCUAGGUUCAGUAUCUGCUGCAGCCUCGACCUCUCUCCUAUCAACAACGGAAGGUCCCCCUCAUAAACGACAAAGUACCGAACCUGAGCCUGAACCCGAUGAUUUGACAACACAACUGAAGUCGUUUGCAAACGCCCAGUUGGAUAAAGGAUGUAUAAAAUCGCUAGAUGAUGAUACCUUUUUACCAUAUCCUCAAAACGAAGUUCAAAAAUUAUAUGUCAGAAAGUGCUAUAAAGAUGUCUUUGAAUUGCUCCUGGCUCAAAUUGAUCGUGGCAUGAAAUCUUUUGCAAUAUCUGGGACGCCGGGCAUUGGAAAGUCGCUAUUCUUUGUCUACAUUUUGUACCGCCUGAUGGAUGACUUUGCCGAGAAAACUCUGUCUCUAAAGCCAAACCGAAUUGUUUAUCAAAUGGGCUCUACGUACAAAUGCUUUGACUUGCAACAACAACUCGUCACCAGGACCACGAGGAUUGAUGCGGAGGGAUUGGUUAGGAAACAAGAUACAUUCUACGUUAUUGAUGGACGAACGUCUGAACCGCUCGUUUCGUCUUGUAUUGUCUUGUUCAUUUCAUCCCCCCGUUCGGAAUGGUACAAGGAAUUUGUGAAGCAGAAGAUGGCCAAGGAAUGGUACUUUCCUGUUUGGACUUUCAAAGAGUUACGGGCUUGCCGACGUCGUUGCUAUUCGAAAUUACGCUCUAAAACUUUCAAAAAGAGAUAUCGCAUCUAUGGUGGUGUAGCUCGUUCUGUCUUUUACAAGGAUUACUCCAUCAUUAUACCAAAUACAAUGGAGGAAGCUUUGGCUGAUGUUGAUGCAGUCAAAGGGGUACGAAACGUUGGAGCACCGACCAGAAUAUUUGCAACUGCUCAUACAUUGCUUCAUAUCAUUGUGUCGGACGACGGACAGUACAAAUUCCUGCAUGUUGAUAUUGCUUCAAAAUAUGUCGGGGAACAAUUGUGGAUAUAUUAUUCUUCUCAAAUGAUCAUCAAUCUGCAAGAAAUGUUUGGUGGUGCUCCCAACGAGAUUUCAAGACAUUUGUUUGAAAUAUACGGACAUAUGGUUUUUUGUACUGGUGGACAAACUCUCAAAUGCAGAUGCCUGGAAGAUGGUACAGUGACAGAUAUUACUUUGGAUGCACUCAAUGGCCAACGAAUUACAUUUGGAAUAAAUACUAUCCCUACUGCAGCAGCACUUGAUGGCAACUAUUACGAACCGACAGAUGACGAUGAUUUUGCAGCAAUUGAUUCACUCAGUCGACAGGGAAUGUUUCAAUUUACAGUUGCUGCUGAACAUCCUAUUUGUGGAGUUGAUAUUCUUACAAAACUGUGCAAUUUGUAUGAUGAACCCAAACUUUAUUUUGUGGUUCCACCUCACCAGUUUAAAGGGUUCAAAAAGCAGAGUUUCAACCCAAUUGAUGGCACAGAGCAGGAUAUCACACCUGACAACUUUGAAUCGAAUUUAGCAGUGAUUAUAGGUGAAAACACCAAUCUAGCACAACAACAAUUCCAGACAAUUCCAGACAAUCCGAUUCUGAUUAGUUCUAAAACCAGAACUCACAUUGUAACCACAAACCAAAUGCGUUCAAUAUCAAUCACAAUCAUCAUGGACGAAUGUAUCAAAUAUGUUACUGCAACUGUUACUAGUUAUCACAAGAAACCAAAUCAAAAGUGUAAUGAAAGUUGCACAGUAAUCCAAGAUCAACAUACUUGGUCUUUUCAGGAAUAUUGA